AUGCUAGCAGAGCUUAUCUCAUGGGAUCGAAACUCACCAGGGCAACGGUACUUGGCGGUAACGCAAUUCCAAGCGACGGAUGCCCGGCGGGCGUUCCCGUGCUUCGACGAGCCGAACUACAAGGCGAAAUUCAGAGUCGCCCUCGGGAAACCCGAAGGACCGGAGUGGGUCGCCCUCUCCAACAUGAAUUCCUCAGGGACAACCCCCGUAGACGAGCUUUCCGGUUACGUGUGGGAGCAGUUCGAGACGUCGGUGCCGAUGAGCACUUACCUGGUGGCGUUCGCCGUGGCCCGGUUCGAGAGCAUCGACAAGACCGCCACAGAAAGAGAGAUUCCGUUCAAGGAGAGCCAGACCCCAGCGGCAACCCUUGCGAGGAUCGUCUACAUUAUUGCCCACGAGCUGGCCCACAUGUGGUUCGGGGACCUGGUGACUCCGGAAUGGUGGAAUGAUCUUUGGUUGAACGAGGGUUUUGCUUCCUACGUCGAGUAUCUCGGGGCCAACGAAGUGGAGCCUGGCUGGAAAUGGAUGCAGCAAUUUGUCUUCAGUGAGCUCCAGGACGUGCUCUAUUUGGAUUCCCUCCAGAAUUCCCAUCCCAUCUCCGUCGACGUCUACAAUCCGGAUCAGAUCACCGAGAUCUUCGAUCGAAUCUCCUAUGCCAAAGGUGCGUCGAUCAUUCGAAUGAUGAAUCACUUCCUGACGGAGGAGGUGUUCACGAAUGGGGUUAGCAAAUACCUCAAGGAAUUCGAAUACCAGAACGCAGUGCAGGACGACCUUUGGGAGCACUUGAACGACGAGGCCAACACCAUGCAAAUCGUCGAUCUCCCGGCCACGGUCAAGGAAGUCAUGGACACUUGGACCCUGCAGACCGGUUACCCUGUCGUGAACGCCAUGAGGGAUGGUCAAAAUGUCACCGUCAAUCAGAAACGGUUCCUGCUGGACUCGACUGCGACGGAGGAGACGCCGACCUACUGGUACGUCCCGUUGAACCUGGUCCGGUCGAGCAACGUCGCGGAAUUCGAUUCGACGAACGCCACGGUUUGGCUCUACCCCAAUGCGUCCAGCGUCGAGUUCACGCUCGACCAGGACGAUGAGUGGUACAUCAUCAACGCCCAGCAGACCGGGUACUACCGGGUCAACUACGACGAGAAGAACUGGGAGGCUCUGAACAAAACCCUCAGUGAGAGUCAUGAAGUUAUCCAUGUCAUCAACAGGGCUCAAAUCCUGGACGACGCCCUGAACCUGGCCCGGGCGGGUCUCCUCAACUAUACCAUCGCCCUGUCCCUCACCCAAUACCUGGGGCAGGAGGAGUCCUACAUCCCCUGGGCGACCACGGCCGACAACCUCAGCUACCUUCGGCGCAUGCUCGAAACUUCUGGGAAAUACGAAGAAUACCGGGCCUAUAUCCUGAGCCUCAUCAAAGAUGUGCUAUCGAGAGAUGGCUUCAACUUCCCCGAAUUGCAUGACGUGCCUGCCAACGGGAACUACUCGGACGUGACGGAGGUGAUGUACAAUGAGCUGAUCUGGGGAGCUGCCUGUCAGAUGGGGGAACCCCGGUGCCAUGGCCAUGCCACCGAAAAGUUCAGAUAUUGGAAGGGAAAUUACAGCCAAUCUGUACCGGACCAACCCUUCCUGAACCCGAACAUUAAGGGACUCGUGUACUGCGAAGGAGUCCGCUCCGGCACAGUGGAAGAUUGGGAUUUCGUCUACGAGCAUUACAACAAAACCAACUACGCUGCCGAGAGGACGCUGCUC